CCCAACAGUUCCUCUAAAAAUCCGAUUGAUGACACUGCUCUGGAAGAGCGAACUUCACCUGUUGAGAAAGAAACUUCUGCGGAUGUUGUACUUCAGGAUUCUUCCUAUGGACGCUGCACUGAUUUGGAGCUGGCGGAGUCAGUAGACAAAAGUCAGCAUAUCCUCAGCGAGACAUUCACUGUUGAAUUGAAUGAUGCGGCUCGCUCUGAUGCAGUGGAAUUGAACCCCGAUAAUUUUCAAGCUGGCGCAGGUCUUCCAGAAAUUAUUUCUAAUCACAGUACUAGCCAUGAGCCCAAUAGCACUCUCGAGUCAGAUAUAAGUGUAGAGAAAAAUGUAAAAAUUAAUUGUAAGAUAAAAUUGGAAGCGACUACAGAGCAUUCCGUCGAUGAUACGAACGAUCGCACCAGUCAACCAGUUAGAAUGAGUCUGAGUGAUUUUUCAUAUCAAGUGGGGAAUCAUGAUGAUAAAUUAAUCGAGAAGAAUGAAGAGACGACAAUCGUUGCAGAAUUGGACCUAGAUGAAAACAAGACGGAAUUACUGGAAAAUUUACGAGAUCCAUCCAGAGUAGGAAAUAUACCGGGAAAGGAGAAAGAAGAUGUCUGUAAGCCAGUUGAUGCGAACGAUUGUACCAGUUUGCGAGGGGGAACCAGUCCAACUGAUUUUCCGUCUCAAGUGGGAAACCACGAUGAAAAAUUCAUUGAAGAGAAUGAAGAUACGACGAUUAUUCCAGACUCAGACUGCGAUGAAAACGAUACUGAGUUGCUGAAAAAUCUGCGAGUCCCAUUCAUAGCAGAAAAUCUAUCGGUAAAGAAGGAAAAAGAUGUUUAUGAGCCACUUGACCAUAAUUUCAACGAAAAAACCUCGACAAUACCUGCAGGAAACAGCACUUUUGAUGAGCUACUCAGUAAGAAAUUUGUGGCACAGAAUGUAACUGUCACGGAAUCGUUUCUUGAAGAUUUACUCCAUGAUUAUGGGCCUCAGUCAGCUCCUAGUGAAGUGGAAGAUUGUGGAGGAGUAGUAACUGAACAAUCAAGGAACAACGUCGAAGUUGACAGUAUGAGGGUCGAUGGAAAUAUUCGGAAAUAUCACAACAGUAAUAAAACACCUUGCGGUUCGCUGAAAAAAUCAGUGAAAACAAAAGGUGUGCCAAAGCUCACCCAGAUUGAGAUUGUUGAGCGUCCGUAUUACAUAUUCAGAAAAACAGAGCAAUGUGUACAGGGUAAUCGUCGCGAAGAAUGUUCCAGGGCUCAUCAUCGUGAAAAACCUGAUGAAAGUGUUAAUAAUGGUCAAAAUGACGACAAUCCUGGAGUGUUUGGUAGGCCCCGAUUCCAUUCCACCAUGUGCGAUUCAAGAGAUGAAGCCACUGAAACAAUACAUUCUCGAGAUGAAGAAAUUACCGAGUUUUCUGAAGAUGGCGAUAGUUCCGAUAAUUACAGUCCAGAAGAAGACAACAAUCAAGAAACAGAUUCAGAUGAAUACACGACAGAGGAAGAACUAGAAAAAGAAUCCCACCCUCCUGAGCCACUCAAUAUCACACAUCAAGGGAAUCCACCUAUCUCUGCUCCAGAUGAUAGAGACUUGCACGUAGAUGUGUCAUCGUCUGGGACAAAAAAACAUUUUUGUCUCUACUGCCAUAAAUUCUAA